UUGUCAGUGUCGGCUGUAAACCUCGAGGCAGAACUUUUCAGAGAUUUGAUGAAGGGCUACAACAAGAAUGUCCAGCCCACGGAGAAAAGCGGAGACAUCACCCAGGUCUUUGUCAAGAUGACGCUCACAAACCUCAUCUCCCUGAAUGAAAAGGAGGAGGCCCUGAUGACCAGCGUCUGGAUAGAAAUGGUAACUUUAAUCGCACAAAGAUCUGCUGGUUCUUUGCGAAGAUGUGUAGAUGGACAAUUUGAGGUGGCCCUUUAUUGCAACGCGCUGGUGUCCCCCAAUGGUUGCGUUUACUGGCUGCCUCCUGCCAUCUACCGCAGUGCGUGUGCCAUCAAGGUGAACUACUUCCCCUUCGACUGGCAAAACUGUACCAUGGUCUUCCGCUCUCGUACGUACAGCGCCAAUGAGAUAGAGUUAGUUCUCAAAGAGGAGGACAACCACACACUGGAGUGGGUGGAUAUAGAUCCAGAAGCUUUCACAGAGAAUGGAGAGUGGAUCAUCAAACACAGACCUGCCAAGAAAGUGAUCAACGCUCAGUACACCAAAGAUGACCUGGAGUACCAGGAAAUAGUCUUCUUCCUCAUCAUCCAGAGAAAGCCGCUCUUCUAUAUAAUCAACAUCAUUGCUCCAUACAUAGUCUUGUGGUACCUGAUGUUUGUGAUGUCGGUGACCACCAUGGUUGUGAUGAACUGUGUGAUAGUCCUCAACGUUUCCCUGAGAACUCCGAAUACCCACGUAAUGACAGACAAAGUACGAAAGAUCCUCCUGAACACACUACCUCGGCUACUGAGGAUGCAGAUGCAGCCUUGGACCCCGGAAAGUGACAAAAUCCUGCACUCUCUGUCUGAAGACGGCACUUCCUGCCGGCGCCGCAGCUCUGUGACUCUCAUCACCAAAGCUGAAGAAUACGUCAUGAAAACUGCUCGGUCUGAGCUCAUGUUUGCCAGACUCAAAGACAGAAAUGGACUGGUGAAAUCGGCAUUAGAGAAGUUGCAUGACGGAAUAAACGGAGGCACAGCUGAGCAUCUGUGUGCCAGUCUGGCACACGCCUCGCCAGAGCUGAAGCAGUGUGUGGCCUCCUGCAAGCACAUAGUAGAAACUGCAAAACAGCAAAGCAACUUCCAGAACGAGAAUGAAGAAUGGUUCCUGGUUGCCCGGGUGAUCGAUAGAGUCUGCUUUAUCGUCAUGGCAUUGGUCUUCUUCAUCGGCACUAUUGGGAUCUUCCUAAUGGGUCAUUUCAACCAGCCCCCCUCCUCACCCUUCCUCAAUGACCCAAAGAAGUAUCUCCCUCCAUUAAACAAUUUAAACACCAUGUCGGUGGUGACCCAUCAGCCUCUUCCCUUUGGUCCACCUGAGCGAGAAAGGCACAUCCAGAUGAUCUUCAGAGCUUUCAAGAACCGCUGCGAGCCUUCCUGUGAGUGCCAGGCUCACUCGGUGAAACCCAAAUCCCUCCAAGAGGCACCGGAUCGGGGAUCUGAGGGACAUCUCUCAGAGCUGAGUCCUCAAAGUGGAGCGGAGACGAGCUACGGUCAGUCAUCAGUCGCACUGAAGAGGCCGGGGCUGGAGGAGCAGAAUGUGGGAGAUGAGGCCAAGCUGGACUUUAUGACUAUUCUGGAAACUGUCAGUCAGAUUCACAUCACUGCCAGACCAGAGUUACAAGGUCCACAGUGUAUUUCAAGGAGGAUCUACAGCAUCACCACAGGAGCCAUGAAGCCAAAGCUGUUUGUGGCUGUGGAAGAGAGCUCCUGCCUGUGCCUCCAGUGUUGUGGUCCAGCUCGGGCCUAUUCCCUGCAGGGUUAUGACUGUCAGGGCCAGCAGGUGUUUUACUUCGAGAGGCCCUUCAGGGUGGAUACCUGCUGCCUGGGUUGCUGCCUGAUGGAAAUUAGAGCCUACUCACCUCAAAGGCAUCUAAUCGGUACUGUUUGUCAGAGGUGGAGCAUGUUCACCCCCCUCCUGGAGGUGUGCGACUCGGAUGGAGAAUCUACAGUCAGAAUCCAGGGCCCCUGCUGUCCAUGUCGCUGUUUGUCAAGCCAGCAAUUCCAGGUGGUCUUCCUUAUGUGA